AUGAUCCGGUUCGGUUGGAUAAAUAGUUUGUUAGGCAGUUGUCUAAUUUCUUUAUGUUGUCCAUGUUGUUUCUUACCAUUAUUAUUAAAUUUAUUCGGUGUUGGAUGCGCUGGAUUAAAUACUUUUCUUUCACCCUAUCGACCUGUAUUUAUUUCACUUACUGUAAUUUCGUUGACUUAUUCAUAUUUUCGUUAUCGUCCAUCAAAAUGGCAAUUUACCGGGAUUAUUAUUUUAGCAAUAUUUCUAUCAUUUUCACCUGAUAUUAUUCGUAUGUAUAAUAAUCAAUCGUCGACUAGUGACACAUUAGAUAGAAAUCUUAUUGUAACACAUUGGCAAGUAAUAGGAAUGCAUUGUGAAUCAUGUCGUUCGGCUGCUAUUCGAUCAUUCCAAAAAGUGAAUGGAGUUCUCAGUGUUAAUGUUGAUCUAGAAACUGGCCAAGCGGAUUUAAUUGCAACUGUUCCUAUAGACGAUGAUGUUAUUAUUCAAGCUGUAGAAUCGGCUGGUUUUCAAAUUUAUAAAAUGAUAUAA